ACACCCUUUUGAGUUGGAUAAUUAUGAGUCGAAUUACAAUGUGACUUAUGUUAGUGCCGAUCAGAAAGGCUAAAUUUUUCCAUCGUAUUCACACAACGAAAGGUUUUAAAAAUAUAAUAAGCUGAACAAGAAGAUCUUAAACAUGAGCGAGACCAAUGAACUAGCUCAAAAGCUUGCCAGAAGAAAUCAAAUUAACGAGGGCGAAGAUGUUCCACGGAAUCAACUGGAGGUUUUCAACCCGUAUACAGAAUUCAAGGAGUUCUCGCGCAAACAGAUCAAAGACUUUGAGAAGAUGUUUAAAAAGUAUGAUGUCAACAAUGACAAACAUUUAGACUUAAUGGAAAUGAAACUGAUGAUGGAAAAAUUAGAAGCUCCCCAAACACACAUUGGUUUAAAAAACAUGAUCAAUGAAAUCGACGAGGAUCAUGAUGGCGAAGUCAGCUUCAGAGAGUUUUUGCUGAUAUUCCGCAAAGCUGCAGCUGGGGAGCUGGUUGAUGGUUCAGGCUUAAGUGAACUUGCCAGGUUAUCUGAAGUUGAUAUAAGUGAUGUCGGCGUUAAGGGUGCAAAAAGUUAUUUUGAGGCAAAAGUAAAUGAACUUGCACAAAGUAACAAAUUUGAGGCAGAGAUCCGGGCCGAGCAAGAGGAGAAUCGCAGAAUGGCAGAAGAAGCCAAAGUUAGAAAACAGCAAUUUAAAGAGAAACAAGCUGCCUUCAAGUAGGAAAAUUGAAAGUAGAAAGUAAUGCACACUUCAAAUUGAAAAGUAGAAAGUAAUGCAGUCAAAAAACAAGUCCUGAUUUUUAUAUUCAAAUGAACAUAAAGGUUUUGCAAACGACUAUGGUGAUGGUGAGUUCACCAGUCUCAAAGCUGUUAUACAGAUAUGUUAGAGAUUUUAUAUUUGUCUUGUAUUGUUCACUUGUAUAAAGUUGCUUGCAUCUAUGAAUGGUAAAAGUUCUGGGGCUGGUUGUGUCAAGCCCAAGACACUGUUUACAUAUUCAGUGCAUAAUUUCAAUUUAUCCACUGUUUAAGCUAAAGAGCUCGAUAUAGAACUGGCCCCUGAAGUAUACCCAUGCAUGGCAGGGAAAGUGCAUGUUUGGUUAAGAGGUAGUUAUACUCUGAAACCGUUUUUGUAGAUAAAUGCUAAAAAUAACAGUGCAGAUGAAUUGAGAGGUUUUAGGGCAAUGAUCCUUGUGUGUUACUAAAUGCAGUAUUUUUAAGCCAGUGGUAAUUUCCUGUUGCCUUUUAUAACAAUAAUUUAAUUAUUUUAUUUGAAAAGAAAGGUUACAAUUAAAACCAAGUCCUGGAGAUCUGAUUAUGGCAAAUUAA